AUGCAGAUUUUGGUGAUCUUAGCCUCUCUUAUGGGGGUUCUAUUCAGCGUCCAAGCAGCCUCUGCACUACCUGUGGACGACAGAAGUCCGCUCCUUGCAAGCAGGGAGUUAAGUAAAGAGCGUAAAGAGUUGAUAUUGAAGCUGGUUUCUGGAUUGCUGGAUGGGGCACUGGAGACCAACAUGCUGCCCGGAGAGGCGUCCCCUUCUUUGGAUUUGGAGGAGCCACUGGAGUCUCGCUUGGAGGAGAGGGCAGUGUACAAUAGACUAUCACUGCCCCAACGUGACCGCAAAGCUCCAUGUAAAAACUUCUUCUGGAAAACAUUCACGUCCUGCUAA